UCCAAAGAACAGAGUAUGUCCAAGCUGCUCCUCCUGUCACUUGCUCUCUGGGCCAGCUGCUCCCCUGGUAACACUGGGACAGCGCUAGUGGAUCUGAGCCAGCCCAGAGUGCGAUGCCAUGCUUCUCGGUACCCUGUGGCUGUGGACUGCUCCUGGAUGCCACUCCAGGCUCCCAACUCCACCAGAGCCAUGUCCUUCAUUGCCACUUACAGGCUCGGUGUGGCCGCCCAGCAGCAGAGCCAGCCCUGCCUGCAACGGACCCCCCAGGCAUCCCGAUGCACCAUCCCCCACGUGCACCUGUUUUCCACAGUGCCCUACUUGCUAAAUGUCACUGUAGUGCACCCUGGCGGCGCCAACAGCAGCCUUCUAGCCUUUGUGGCGGAACGAAUCAUCAAGCCCGACCCUCCGGAAGGCGUGCGCCUGCGCAAAGCGGGACAGCGCCUGCAGGUUCUCUGGCAGCCCCCUGCUUCCUGGCCCUUCCCGGACAUCUUCUCUCUCAAGUACCGACUUCGCUACCGGCGCCGAGGAGCCUCUCACUUCCGCCAGGUGGGACCUAUUGAAGCCACGACUUUCACCCUCAGGAACACACAACCCCAUGCCAAGUAUUGCAUCCAGGUGUCAGCCCAGGACCUCACCGAUUAUGGGAAACCAAGUGACUGGAGCCUCCCUGGGCAAGUAGAGAGGGCGCCCCAGAAGCCCUGAAGAGGGACUGCAUCCUUGAUAUCAGACCGUGAUGUUGACUACUUGAGGGUGGCUGAGUGGCCUGUCCUGAGUUCGAAUUCUGAUUUCGCAUGUACUGUGCUGCUCCGAAGCAUUGGAUAAUUCACUUGACCUCUCCAGACCUUAAUUUCCAAAACUGUAGGGAUCUUCUUUCUCCUUCCAUCAGUGCGGGACUUUGUGAACUUUAAAUGUGAUUUAUUUCGAAAACCUAAUUAAAUAAGAAUCAUUCUCUCUCUCUC